AUGAGCCGUAUAAGGCCUCGAGCAGAUACAUUAAGACCUCAAAUAACAAGAUCUAGAACCGGCAGCAACCUCACUCUUCAACUCUCUACUUCUCAAAUUAACAAAUCCUCUGAAACCAGCAGAGGUACCUCAGCUGACCGUCGAGAAAAAAUUUCCAGCACCUUGAUCUCCAAUCUUCUCAAAUUAAAGCACCGAAAUUCCAGUAUUUUUAAAGAGAAUAUCAACGUCACUGAAAAAUCGACCCCAAAGCAAACUUUUAUGCUGACAAAAGAGCGAUUGAAGCGUCCUCUCCGGAGUGUCCAAAAAAAUGACCUUCCAAGGCCAAAUAUUCAUAUAUUCCAUAUUAAAUAAAUAAAAUUACCAAAAAUUUUUUAUCAUUUUAUUUACCUUAAUAAGUAUAGCUCCUAUUCGUAAUCGGUUUUAUGAGCAUCUUGACAAGAUAGAAUCGACCAUUGAAGAUAUGGCUGAAAUGAAAAAACACAUUUCAGUGCCUCAGAACUUUUUCUCACCUAUAAAAAUGAAUUAA